AUGGAGCCGCCAUUCGACUUCGACAGUCUCUCGUAUGGAUUCAAGAAAAUUGAUCUGGAAGGCGACGCGGAUAGCGUGGAAGGCUUGGAUGAAGAACAAAUUGGGCCAGCAUCGGCCAAGUCAUGUCGGCAGCACCGCCAGAGACGGUUUGGGGAUGUCGUGUAUGCGGGAGCAUUGGGAGCAGUCGCGUUUCUUGUCCUCCUUGCCGUUGGGUUCGCUCUCGGUGUAUCGGACGAAGAGACGCGAACCCUCGAGGAUACAGCGAGGCUCAGUACUGCUACCAGCGACUUAACGCCACUGCACGCCGAGUAUGGGUGUGGCGUGGAAUGUUGGGACCAGCCGCUCUAUGACGAUAUGAUGAGAAGAUAUAACGAGAGCCUAAUCUUUGCGAGCAUUGACGAGGGAGAGGUGGCCAUCAGUUCGCACCAAGUUGUUGAAUCAUUGAGCCAGAUCGGCCAUGGUGGGUUAAGAUAUGAAAAACGGACACUGAUUGCUUCGUGGAGGACACACUUGAUUGCAUGCACAUCUGCGUGGCAGAAAGUGACGCGGGCAGUAUUGAUGCAAGCGCCCCUAGACAGCUGGUCCGCAUCAUAUCCAUUAGCGAAAACAUGCGGCGAACAGCUUGUAUAUCGCGACCAAUUCGGAUGGGAUGACAUGGUUGUGGUUAAGGAGGUUGGCUUCGUUGAGUGCGGACUUGACGCAACGGGCAUGCUGAAGAUGCUGGCAACCACUUGA